AUGAAUCCACACCAGAAAAACAAGAUUGACAUUAGCAAACUGUCAGCAGAUGAGCAACGUCUGUUCCGACUGUAUGGCAAACUUCCAAACAAGAAGGACCUCCUGCAGAACAAGUUGAAGGAACGCAAAUACUUCGACUCUGGUGACUACGCGCUUUCCAAGGCGGGCAAGGCCUCAGACACAGGUGUCACCACAAUUGGUACAGAGCACCCGAAGGCCGAGGAGAUCCCACACAUGUCUCCCCUCAAUCAUACUAUUUCACGUUCCGAUUCCAUUGCCCCCGGAAAUCCUGGCGCCCUUGCGACUUCCCCGGAUAGUCUGGGCCAUUCUGCACAACUUCCCCCUGUUGGCGGUGGAGGACCAGGUGGAAUCCACCGGGGCAGUAUUAAUGGGAUUCCCGGCGGUGGUUUGCCGGGUGCGACGAGCAGGAGCCCGGUGAAGGAGAGUAGUUUCCUUGCUCGAAGUGCAAGCAUGGAUGAACGUGACGGCAAUCAACAACAGGGGAAGGACAACAUUCUGGAGGGCAGUGUCAGUCCACCCGUGCAGAAGGCUGGAAUUCCAAUCCGGAGAUGA